AUGAGCUUUGGAAAAAUCUCCCUUCACUACAAUCUGGUAGAGUUUAAUUUGGGUGUCAUCAUUAUGAAUCUCAUUAUAAUUAUAUGAAUUUCAAUGUUUUUGUGAUGUCAUCCUUGUGAAUAACAUUAAAAUACUUGUGGUAUGUAUUUCUAAAACUAGGGCAGACUGCCUAGGCCUUCACUAGUAGUGUAUUAAACAGUGUAAUAAUAGUAGUGUAUUAAACAGUGUAAGACUAAGAAAUAUAGCAGUUUGCCUAGUCCAAGACAUACAAAACAUUUUAUGGAAUUAUGGCUACAAGUCAACUUAAAGAUGCAUUCUUAAAGUUGAAAUGGAUAGAGGGCAAAAUGGUGGCUCCUCAGGCAAUGCGUAGGGCCGUCAAUGCUGUUGUGACCAACAACUCAGUGUUUUUCAGACCAUGGGGACAGGAACAAAUUCACGUCUACGAUUUGGAGUAUGGCAACUGGCAUGAGGUACCAGAAUGUCUAUAUGUUUACUCCUCCUUAGCCUACGUGUGCAAUGUCCUCACCACAAUCGGUGGGGAAAAAGACGAAGAAUGCACGGACAAGCUGCUCUCACUGACAUGGAAAACAGAGCAACCGUGGGAAGAAACUCUCCCAUACAUGCCAACGAAACGAAAGAAUUCGGUCUCCAUGACAGCUGGUAAAUGGCUAGUUGUGUCGGGUGGUAUCCAAGCAGGAAGGUACCUCACAAUAGUCGAACUCUUGAAUCUUGAGAGCAAGACUUGGUCAUCUGUAGCUACACUGCCAGAGCCAAUCUUCAAUGCUGCUGUGACAUUUGGAGGGGGCUACAUUUAUAUGCUUGGAGGGAACAAAAGGCCUGGGUGCCCAACAACAACAGUGAUUUCGUGCAAACUAGACCAGUUGGUUCGGUCUUUUAUUGGGGACAUUAAUGUGUGGAAAAAACUGACUGACUUGCCUGUGGAGAGAUCAAGUUGUGUUUGUAUACAUGGUCAGUUGCUGGCCAUAGGAGGACAAUAUCGUAACACUGACACCAUUGCUACUACGAGUUCAACUAAUAGCCAUGUACAUGUGUGUUCAUCAGUCUACCAGUACAGUUCAACGAAAAACACUUGGAACAUAGUCAGUGAUUUGACAAUACCAGUAUCGGAGUGUUUUACAGCUGUAUUGCCUGGUAACAAGCUGAUGGUGCUUGGGGGUAUCACUAGAAAAGGGGUCACCGACAAAGUACUAUUUGGAACACUUGAUGGUGAUUCCCUUUCCCAGGACUUAUCGUGAAUAGUAAAUUAGUAUCAUUGCCAACAAUUUCCUUUGAUCUACAUAUUUAUUUGAUUAAACGCC